AAAAUGCCCUCUUGUGCUCAAAAUGAUUUUUGCUUGUAAAUUAUUGUGGCAAACUUUGAAAAAGCAUGCUCACCCUCAACACAUGUUUGAUGAAUAGUUUGAUUUGUUCCCACUUGGAAUCCCUUUAAAUUCCCACCCUUUUCAAAACCUUCAUGAAAACUUGCUGGCUCAGAAGUGAUCUUUACCAGUGGCGGUUUGGUUACUUCCCGGCGAGCCUCAGCCAUUAUCCUAGCCUAAUUCCAAGUGGAGAAGCAUAGGAUCUAAGUAUAUUAUAGAAUGUGCUCCAGAGAAUCAGUACCACCACAACAUCAAUCAAACACCUUUUCCAACUUCUUAUAUAAUGUCAUCCUGGGCUUCCAUUGAACACUCAUCAAGUAAAACACAUCAACCAGAGCUUCUAUUUCUUCUCCAUAAGGUUCCAAAGAACAACAAACACAAAAGAUGGUGAAGUUCUCAAAGCAGUUUGAGGGGCAACUCAUUCCAGAAUGGAAAGAGGCCUUUGUAGAUUACUGGCAACUCAAGAAGGACCUCAAAAAAUUCCAACCUUUCAACAUUACCAACAACACACCCAACAAGCACCAAAGUAGUUCUGUACCUAAGUACAUAAUUUCAUCAAUAAGAAACUACUCUUUAUUUGGUCAUCCACAUGGAGAGCAUGGACCAAUUCAAGUCCAUAGGAAACUUGCUUCAUCAUCUUGUGUGGGGGACAUGUAUGAGACAGAACUACUAGAGCAGUUUGCUGACACUGAGGCAGCUAAAGAAUUUUUUGCAUGUCUGGACCAGCAACUAAACAAGGUGAAUAAUUUCUAUAGAACAAAGGAGAAAGAGUUCAUGGAGAGAGGGGAUUCCCUGAAAAAACAAAUGGACAUUCUCCUUAAGCUCAAAUCUACAUUCAAGGAGCAGCAGAGCAAAGGAGGCUCUUCCCAUGGCUCCAAGGAGGACCAAUCUAUUUCUUGCACAUUCUCCAAUGAGGAAGACUCUGUUAGGAACAGAGCACAGCAAGAAGAAAUGCAGGACAUGAGCACAGAUGAUUUGGAGAAAACUGAAGUGCCAUUUUCAGAUGAAAUUGGGAAAUCUAUGGAGAUGAAAAGAGAAGAUGGGAAAUUGAGAUCACUUUCUGGCCGUACUAUCAAUUGCCAAGGGAAGAAUCUGAGGAUAAACAUUCCCUUGACAACACCAUCUCGAACCUUCUCAGCCAUAAGUUACCUUCUUAGAGAAGAUUUGCUCAAUCAAUCAUCAAGGAAAUGUGGUGGAGAAGUAUGCAAGAUUCAUCUUAACAAAACAAAGCUGCAUCAUGCUGAAAAGAUGAUCAAAGGGGGUUUCAUUGAACUAUACAAAGGACUAGGGUAUCUCAAAGUUUACAGGAACUUGAAUAUGCUUGCAUUUAUAAAGAUCCUGAAGAAAUUUGACAAGGUCUCUGAGAAAGAAAUUCUUCCCAUCUAUCUCAAAGUUGUUGAGAGUUCCUAUUUCAAUAGCUCAGACAAGGUGAUGAAGUUAGCAGACGAAGUUGAGGAACUAUUCAUCAUAAAUUUUGCUGAAGAUAAUCGAAGAAAGGCCAUGAAAUACCUUAGGCCAAGCCAGCGUGAAGAAUCACAUACAGUAACUUUCUUCAUUGGACUAUUUACCGGAUGCUUCGUGGCGCUUUUCGCGGGAUAUGUUAUAAUGGCUCACAUAACCGGCCUGUAUGGACGACAACCAAAUUCAGUUUACAUGGAAACUGUCUACCCUGUGCUUAGCAUGUUCAGCCUUGUGUUUCUACAUUUCUUUCUCUAUGGUUGCAAUAUUCUUGCAUGGAGAAAGACUCGUAUAAACUACAACUUCAUUUUUGAACUGGCCCCUACUAAGGAUCUUAAGUACAGAGAUAUAUUCUUAAUUUGUACAAUGGCGAUGACUGUUGUGGUUGGGGUAAUGUUUCUUCAUUUGACUCUACUGACGAAAGGGUAUCCUUAUGACCAAAUUCAUGACAUUCCUGGAUAUCUUCUUCUGGUCUUCUUACUAAUAUUGGUGUGCCCUUUCAACAUUUUAUACCGGUCAAGCCGAUAUCGUUUCCUUUGUGUGAUAAGGAACAUAAUUUGGUCACCCCUUUACAAGGUUGUCAUGCUAGACUUUUUCAUGGCUGAUCAACUUUGUAGUCAGGUGCCAAUGCUAAGGAACCUAGAAUAUGUAGCAUGCUAUUAUAUAACUGGGAGCUACAAAACUCAGGACUAUGGUUACUGCAUGAGGACAAAGCACUACAGAGAUCUAGCUUAUGCAGUGUCAUUUCUACCUUACUAUUGGAGGGCUAUGCAGUGUGCUAGAAGAUGGUUUGAUGAAGGGGAAACAAGCCACCUUGUGAAUCUGGGAAAAUAUGUAUCAGCAAUGUUAGCAGCAGGUGCUAAAGUGGCUUAUGAGAAAGAUCCUAGUAUUGGAUGGCUUUGUCUUGUUGUGAUCAUGUCUAGUGGAGCAACUGUGUACCAAUUGUACUGGGACUUUGUAAAAGACUGGGGUUUGCUUCAAGUGAAUUCCAAGAACCCAUGGCUCAGGAAUGAAUUAAUGCUUCGCAGAAAAGGCAUUUACUACUUCUCAAUGGGAUUGAAUUUUAUUCUGAGGCUUGCUUGGUUACAAACUGUCCUCCAUUCAAGAUUUGAACAUGUUGAUUAUCGAGUAACGAGCAUAUUUUUAGCAGCUCUUGAAGUUACCAGAAGAGGGCUGUGGAAUUUCUUCAGAUUGGAGAAUGAGCAUCUAAAUAAUGUUGGCAAGUUUAGAGCAGUGAAGAUAGUACCACUUCCUUUUCAUGAAGUGGAUGAGGAAGACUAGUAAUAAUAAUAAUAAGGCCAUUUGGCAGAUUUAUUAUUCUGAGGUAGUGACUAGGGGAUGCUUCCAGACAAAUAUUUCAAGGAGCAGAUUAGGUGUCUUUAUCUAAGUUGAUGUAUGAUUGAUCAACUUGGUUAUUUCAUUGGGUUGAUCAUCCUCAAUUUGUAUACACAAUUUUUCAUUAACAAGAAAUAGAAAUCAAUGAAAAUAUGCAGCUUGUAACA